CUUCGCACGAAUUCCCUUCUUCUCAAAAACUCCACAGGAUCCAGAGCCUCAGUCUGCUGCGUUGCCGACUGCCACGCCCAGAAGCUUGAAGCCGUUGCCGGAGUGGAACAUCCAAAGCACCCUCCCACCUCCGAGCCGGCUGAUGAGCGGCAGCGCCGACGCCUGAAGUCAUGAUAACAAGGAUUAGGGUUUGAUCUAGGGCACCGACUCUCGGAGUCUAUAAAAGGGCUGGUGUUGCGGUUUUCUUGUUCCACCUCUUUUCAUUCUUCACGCGGCGGCGAAACCGGAGAGGUACAAUGGCAUAUCGUCAUGAGGUGCGGAGGGAUGUCAUAAGAGAUGUCACAAAGUAUUUACCACUUCAGGAUUAUAUCCGUUUCGGUGCUAUUCACCCUUCUUGGUCUGCAGUGGCUAAAGCAAGAUAUCGUCUUCCAGGAAUCCCGUUAUUAAUUGCCAAUGAUGAUAACCCAAGAGGCAACCCAAGAUUGUUCAACGUAUUCAGUCAAAAAUCUUAUCCGUUAGAUCUUCCUGAUGGAUAUCAUUGUUGUGGUUCAUCUCGUGGUUGGUUACUAAUAAUGGAUUUAAGCUUGAAAAUGUGCUUGUGGAAUCCUUUCUCUAAAACUCAGAUCGAGCUACCUACAUUCUUGUCGAGUGAAAGCGAAUGUAGACGAUAUGAAAGCCUAGUCAGAGACACCAAACAAGCAGAUGACCCUACAGAUGUGAUAUUACGAGAAAGGCUUGUAGCUAGAGUUGUUUUAUCAGCUGAUCCCGAAAGGUGCUCGGAUUUUGUUAUUAUGGUGAUUGGCUUCUGCGCUUCAGAACUUAAAUUCUGGAGGUUAGGUGAUUCAUCUUGGACUCACAUACCUAAUGUUUGGUUUCUUGAUGUUAUAUGGUACAAUGGAGCAUUUCAUGGUUUGUCUACCCAAAAAGAAGUCUUUAUGGUUUGUCUCACUCCAAAGUUGGAAUUAAAGAAAGUUGCUUACUACCGGAAUCCUUUUCCUUGCAACGUGAGAUAUUUAGUUGAUUGCAUGGGUGAUUUAUUGAUUGUGGAGAGAAACACAAACCAAACAUACACUAUGCAUACUUACACAAGCUCAUUUUUGGUGUAUAAAUUGGAUAAGAAAAGGAUGGUGUUUAAGAAAGUGAAAAGUAUUGGAGACCAUGCUUUGUUUUUAGGAAGAAAUCCUACCAUCGCUAUUCCGGCCAAUAAAUUUCCUGGAUGUUUGAGUGACAGUAUUUAUUUCACAGAUAAUGACCCUUUUAUUUAUCGUAUAUAUAGAUAUGAAGAUAUUGGUCUCUACAAUAUGAAAAACAAGAUAUUUGAGAUAUUCCCUCCAAAACAUAUUUGUAUUACUUCACGAUAUCAACCAUUAUGGUUGGAAGCUUGUUUACAAUAGUUAAUUAGACGAUGAAAUAUUUUUAUGUUU